AAAACCGGUAAUUAUACGCCGUUUCAUAUAGUCAAAGACACAACGCCUCCCAGUGAGGAGUUCGUAGAUGAGUCUCAUGUACCGAAAACAUUGCAUGUUCAUACCGGGACGAGAACUGAGCAGACCACCGCACAGUCAUUAGCAAAAGCAGUAUCUGAGUUACGUCGUUCGGAUGUGGCAUUCCCAGUGGCGGAAACGUUAGGAAUUCCACAGUUGAGGGCUGGUCAAGAAAUGCCUGAAGCAAAGGUGCUGGUCUUGUAUACGGGUGGAACAAUCGGUAUGAAGAGUGUCGAUGGAGUUUACGUGCCAGUUGCUCAUUACUUACCUGAGGCUGUUCGUGAACUACCACCACUCAACGAUAAGGCCUACGUGGAAGCACAUUACGCAGGCGCUGCCAUUAAGCCAUUAUGCUUACCACCAGUUCGACACAUGCACAAACGAGUACUUUACUGGGUAUGUGCCUUGCCAAUCAAGUAUCCAAGGUUAAUGGAGGGAGUUGGGAAAUUAGUCUUUCGUGCAGUUGUUAUUUUGAUAGUUGAAUAUCACCCAUUACUUGAUUCAUCGGAUAUGACGUUUGAUGAUUGGAUUCGAAUCGCUCGAGACAUUAGCGCCUCAUAUGAUAUGUUUGAUGGAUUUGUGGUGCUACAUGGCACCGACACCAUGGCGUACACCUCAUCCGUGCUCUCAUUCAUGCUUGAGAAUCUGCGUAAACCGGUGGUUGUAACUGGAGCACAAAUUCCUAUUUGCGAAGUACGUUCAGAUGGACGUGAUAAUUUCAUAGGUUCGCUCAUAAUUGCUGGUGAGCUGAUUAUUCCUGAGGUGACACUUUAUUUCGACAAUAAACUUUUGAGAGGUAAUCGAGCGAUCAAAUACGAUAAUUUCGGUUUGAAUGCAUUCAUCAGUCCAAACAUGCAACCGCUCGCACAUAUGGAGAUCGAUAUCAAAGGUGACAUACAAAAAAAUUCUCUUCAACUCAUAAAUCCUUUCAGUCAAUUCAAUUUCUUCAGGAAUGUUUGCGUAAAAUGA